CCCCGCCCCACCGGCCUCGCCCGUGGCCCCACCCCUCCGCGACAUCGCCGCCGGGUCCUCUCAGCGCCCGCCGCCGGCCGGUCCAUCCCCCGACGCUCUGAGGUCACCGACGGGGCCGGGCUGAGGUGGGCGGAGGGACAGAGGGAAGAUGGCGGCCGAGGCCGGAUAUUGGCGCCGCCUCCCCCAAUUCUGGAGCCGGCGCAGAUGAGGCGGCUCGGCUGGGGCCAGCGGCGCGUCGGAACCGGAGCAGGGGGGGACCCUGGCAGUGGGGCCUGGCCCUGAUAUAUGCCGGCGCCUCGGCUAGAGUGAGUGGCGGCGGCGCCUCUUUCCUCCGGCUCUUUCCCUGUCGCUGUGAGUCUGAGCGGGUGGCGGGCGGCCGAGGCGGCGGGGCCGGGAUGGAGGACAUUAACUCCAAUGUGAACGCGGACCAGGAGGUGCGGAAGCUGCAGGAGCUGGUGAAGAAGCUGGAGAAGCAGAACGAACAGCUGAGGAGCCGCUCCGGGGCCGUGCAGGGCGCCGGCUCCCUUGGGCCUGGCAGCCCGGUUCGGGCCGGCGCGUCCACUCCCUCCUCCGGAGCGGCGUCCCCUAGGGGCUUCCCCUUGGGCCUCAGCGCCAAGUCGGGCUGCGGGGCCGGGUCGGGCCCGAGGCGGACGAGUAGCGAGGAGCUGCGGGACACCACCUCCUUGCUGGCAGCGGGCGAGGGCGGCUUGCUGGACGAGGUGGAGCCGCUGCGGCCCGAGGAGCUGGAGCGCCUGUCAGGCUGGGAGGAGGAGGAGGAGAGCUGGCUGUAUUCAUCACCAAAGAAAAAACUUACACCAAUGCAGAAAUCAGUUAGUCCUUUAGUUUGGUGCAGGCAAGUUUUGGAUUACCCAAGUCCUGAUGUUGAAUGUGCUAAAAAGUCUCUUAUCCACAAACUUGAUCAAACUAUGUCAGCUCUCAAGAGGCAGAAUUUGUAUAAUAAUCCUUUCAACUCCAUCAGUUACACAAGUCCUUACAGUCCAAAUGCCAGUAGCCCAUACAGCAGUGGUUUCAAUUCUCCGUCCUCAACCCCAGUGCGACCUCCUAUAGUCAAACAGCUAAUACUUCCUGGAAAUUCAGGUAAUUUGAAAAGUUCGUCAGACAGAAAUCCUCCACUCAGUCCUCAAUCCUCUAUAGACAGUGAAUUAAGUGCUUCAGAAUUAGAUGAAGAUUCAAUUGGAUCCAAUUAUAAGCUAAAUGAUGUAACUGAUGUGCAGAUUCUAGCUCGGAUGCAGGAAGAAAGUCUCCGGCAAGAAUAUGCAGCCACCGCGUCUCGGCGCAGUUCUGGUUCAUCUUGCAAUUCUACAAGACGGGGUACUUUUAGUGAUCAGGAACUUGAUGCACAAAGUUUAGAUGAUGAAGAUGACAAUAUGCAUCAUGCAGUAUACCCUGCUGUUAACAGGUUUUCACCAUCACCACGCAAUUCACCUCGACCAUCACCUAAGCAGUCACCCCGAAAUUCACCUCGUUCUCGAUCUCCUGCUCGGGGAAUAGAAUAUAGUAGAGUGUCCCCACAGCCUAUGAUUAGCCGCUUACAGCAACCUCGCCUUUCCCUUCAAGGCCAUCCCACAGAUUUACAGACAACCAGUGUUAAAAAUGAAGAAAAACUAAGACGCAGUCUUCCAAACCUAUCCCGAACAUCCAGUACACAAGUUGACUCAGUGAAAAGCAGCAGAAGUGACUCAAAUUUUCAAGUGCCAAAUGGAGGAAUACCUCGCAUGCAGCCUCAGGCUUCAGCCAUACCUUCUCCAGGCAAAUUCCGCUCCCCUGCAGCACCAUCUCCUUUGGCUCUCCGGCAACCAGUAAAAGCAUUUAGUAACCAUGGCUCUGGUUCUCCUGGUAGCCAAGAAACAACACAACUCAUGCAAACCACCUCCUCACCUGGGCCUCCCAUGGUUCAGAACACAGUCCCAGCAAAUCCUCCCAGCAAUAUCAACAGCACUACUCUAACCAGACCUGCAGGGACAACUGUGAUGAGAAGUGGCUUGCCCAGACCCAGUGCCCCUUCUCCUGGGGGUAUACCAGUGCCUCGCAGCAAACUUGCACAGCCUGUUCGCAGAUCCUUGCCAGCUCCUAAAACCUACAGUAGCAUGAAAGAUGACAGUUGGAAAGAUGGCUGUUAUUGACCAGCAAAGACAAGAAUGCAGAGUCCACAGCUUCAUGGAUACCCCUUCACCAGGCUAAGAGACAACUUUUAUAUGCAGACUGUUCAGAUAAGACUCUUGGGAUUUAUAAAAUCCCAGCCCUCUCUGUCUUAAUUAGCACAAACUGACAGAGAUGAUCAAGCAGCACUUUAAUGACAUUUAACAUCAGAUGUGUUUGGUAAUCAUACAAUCACUCUCCACGGAAUCACUUUUAGUUUUGUUUAAUAGAAACUAGGUUGAUUUUUUAAUAUUUGACAGAGGCCAAUAUCUGGGCAAAAAACUAAUGGAUGCCAAAGAGAAAUGCCCAUUUGUAAAUGAGAGAGUACCUUUGUGCACAAGAAACUGGUGAAUUCAAGCUAUCCAAAACUUCACAUUCAACCUAAUUUACUGUAUAAAUAGUAUCAAUAAAUAUUUGUGUUAAUGAGAAGUAAUAUUCUGACUACUUAUCUAAAAUGUUUCACUAGUGUUUCACUAGUUCUCCAGGAAACUAGAUUGAGAUGGUGGGGGGGCAGGGUGGGAAGAAACCUGGGCUAGAGAUUUAAAACAUGAUACCUAAAUUUGGAAGAAUCCUAUAAGUUAUUUUUGCAGAUUCAUUAGAAAAAUUAUUUUGUUUAAUCUUAAGUUUUGGGUGUAGCUCACAUAUCACCACCACAAGUUAGUGUUACACCAUGCAUCCAUCAUGUUGCAUUGACACAUCGGACUUCUGUGUGUUUGUUUUGAUUGCCAAAAGGGCUUAAUAUCAGUUGUACAAUCUUUCUAAACUUUAUAGCUCCUGGCUCAGGAAAGAUAGCCUUUGCUAUUGAAGCCAACUUCUUCACAUGCUGUCAUCUGUUACAGAACUAAGAGUUCUUGUUUUUAUUAACAGGUUUCCACGAUGGGAAAGAGCAAGUAGUAUGCGUGUUUAUUCUUGAUAUAAAUAACACCACCUCAGUGCUUACAACCUGGAACAAAACCAUACAAUAAAACCGGGGAGGGAAAUCUAUGCACUUACCUUACAAAAUCUCUGGUAAUGACAGUUGUAUUGUUACUAUUAAUUGACACAGUAGCCUAUUAUGUGGUGGGAAAUUAUAGCCUACUGAAUCCUACUUAAGUCGAUCCACUUUAAACUAACUGUUUCAAAACAUCCUUUGAAAAUACUGCCCCUUUUAGAUUCUGCCUGACAUCAAUUUUUUGCCUUUUUGGUAACAAAUGAAACCUACUGCAUAUGACUCUAAGCUGUUAAACACUUGCUCUAUGAUGGCCCUUAUGUAUAUCUUGGAAAUCACUUAUUUUGGUUUUUAUUCGACUAUUACCAGACUAAAACUUCUUCUUCAGCGGGCUUCUCAUUUUUCAUGGUGAAGUCUGUUUUUAAGUAUUUAAUUUGAACAGCUUUAAAAUAUUGGCAGCUGGGUCACUAAAGAAUUUUAGAUAUUUGAACAUAAGUUCAUUUCCUAUCAGUCAAAGACAUUCUGUAAGUUGGCAAAAGAAAUUGAGAGAGAAAUGGGAAGCUUAUAUUCAGGAUAGCACUGAGGUUGAUAGGUUGAGAGAAUGAUAAAACUUUUAAAACCAAGACCCCUGUUCUGCCAUGAUGGACCCCAUGGUAGUCUUUAUUAGCUUGACCAGUAGGGAGUCAUUCAGUUAGCACAAACAGCUGGAGAUUCAAAAUGCCAGUGCUAAUGUAUUUUGGUGUUUCAUGCAAGGAAGAAAUUUUAUCCAUGGAUUUGAGGGUGAUGGGGAUGGGUCAGGAAAGGAUGGCGCCAGAAUUCCACAUGAUGAUGAACUUAAAAAUGUUGCUUUUCAGAGGAAGAUAAAGCAUCUGUUUCGGGUAGAGGGGUAUCGCAUGUAAAAAUCUAAGUAAGUAAAAGAAAGAACUAGCCACUGUCUCUUUUUGAAACCACAUAUACACAAAAGAAAAUAGGUCUCAGUUUUCAGUGCAACAUUGGAAAAAAAAAUGCUGCAAUCUACUAAUUAAAAGGAAUUUUAACCCUAUUACAAAACACCCAUUACAUUUUUAAGUUAGAUUAUCAGUUUCAAAAGGAAUAUUCAGGUUAUUUAACUUUGUUUUUAAAUGGCUGCAUCAGAAAAAAAAUGUCUAUUUUUUUUUAAUUAAAAUAUUUCAUCACUUGUUAAAAACAUAUUUGGAUCUGAGUUGGGUAAAGUAUUAUUUUACCUGCUGUUGUACUACCACAGACUAUUGGCUUUUAGUUUCCUAAAGAGAAAAAUUGCCUAUUUACUAGAAAGCCUUUGUGUAUUGCCAAUUUUUCUGUUUGGGAAAAAUCUAAGGAUUCACUGUGGUUAGUCUUACAGAUGAAGUGUGGAUUUGAUAAACUAGUGCCUAUGAUUUUAACUUAUGUUUGAUAUAUAGUAGUAAGGGUUUUAUGAAUGUUGAUUAUUUUUUGUGCCAACAGCCCAGAAUUGUCACUUAUAUGUAAGCAGAAAGCUGUGAGCUCUGCUUCCAAAGUUAUUUAAUUUUCUCAGUGUUUGAAUGUUAUUUUUUGUAAGUGUGUUAAUAAAAGUGUAAAGAAUUGGAAAAAAUAUAAAUAUUCUUAACUCAAGCAUUUGCUGGAUCAUUUUUCUACAAAACUUGUUUGUAUAAUAUAAAACGCUCUCUGCAGGGUUGGCUUUUUUUGGUUUUCAUACCCUGGAAAUCACAUUUUGUAAUACUGGGGACCAUUCAUAAUUGUCAGAUACUUUUUAAAAUUAUCAUCUCAGUACGUCACUUUUAUAAAAAAGUUUUUCUGAAAGGAAAUUAGAUACAUGUGUCCCCAGAUGUUUGUAUAACUCUAGAAUGAUCUAGACUAUGUAUAUUUAACUUUUUAUUGAAUGUACAGGUGUCCAUUUUUGACAUUAUGCAUGGUCCUUUUAGAUCACAUGAAGUUUGAUUUGCAAAAACAUUUCUAUAGCCGAACUUGUACGUGUGGUUGCCUCCUUAAUAAACAACCUGACCAUAAUGUUUAUUAUUAAAUUUAUAUUUGUUUUUUUAA